GCCCGAUUCCAGUCGACACCUUCAAGUUGUCCAUCUCUUUGUGAUAUAGGACUGCAAUCAAAGAUGGCGCCCUUUCAUGGUUCUUUGUAUAUUCUUCAGUCUGCAGCAGUUUCUCUUCGAACCCAUACUCAGUGGUUCAAUCACGGUGUUGUUGACCCUUGAACAUUCUUCCGUGUCUGCAACCGACCACGAUCUAGCGAGUAAAGUCUACAAGCUGAUAUCACCGCAUUGAAAGAAUUGCUCUGCUUGGUGAUAGACGGUAAGUCAUACCAUAAAGUCUUCAUUACGGACUGCGGAUACCAUCAGUAGGGAUACUACUACGUGGUACCACGACAACUCUUACGCGUCGGCGGCAGUACAACUGUACAAUGGAUUCACAACACAUCCACACCACCAAUCAAAAGGAGCUGGCCCGUCCCGCAGUGUGGUGGUCAGGCCAUGAAACGUACAGCGUACUAUCUGUACUGGAAGGAAAUGCUUUGAGACUUCAUACAAUGAUUGAAGUCUGAGGGGAAAGUGUGAAACCAACUGACCACCACCAAUUGGAACAUCUUAUUCAUAUACAGGGAUGGCAGGCAUUUCCUUAGCGAGGGCAGCUCCCAGGUUGAGAGACCUCGAGAGCUACUACUUGUUACUGUACCAUUGUACAGUAUCUCGGCAUGAUAUACAUGGUGUACACAUUGUCGCCAUCCGCAUCCAUUCGCACGCCAUCUGCCCCACACCAAUCAUAUCCCUUCAGCAGAUACCGUUGACAGAUCUGGCGCGCGUGCUGUUGCCAACCCCCGGCCAUGCUUCCCAGAGUAAAAACAAGUGGAAUUAUGAUAAAAGGAUAGGGUACGUACAGAUAGGUUUGUUUGUAGCAGGUUCAGACGUACAGUCCCUGGCCCCUUUCUCUCACGUGGUGAAACAUGGCAACUCAUUCAGUAAGGCCAGGCGGCCCGGAGCUCAAAGGACAAUGGGACUUCGAAGACAGUCCUCUCAGCAAGGCAGCGCGGCAACCGCUGAUGCUGGGAGUCUUUUUGGACCUGCAGGACCGACAUAUUUCCGACUACCCAACCAGCAACAGUUGGACGUUCGACUACAACCUCGACAUUGUCCGCAAGGCGGAUGAUCUGGGGUUUGAGCUGGCAUUUAGUCGGACGCAAUGGCUGCCCAAAGGAGGAUACGAUGGCGAGGCGUCGUUGGACGCAUUCAUCGCACUGGGCGCCAUGGCGCCGGUAACGAAGAAUAUCAUGCUCAUAUCGACCAUCCACGUGUUGUACGGACCCUUGCAUCCCUUGCAUAUUGCCAAGUAUGGCGCGACAUUGGACCAUAUCUCCAAAGGACGAUGGGGCAUCAACAUUGUGACGGGCCAUCGGGCCAUUGAGCAUCAGAUGUUUGGCUGGAACCGCAUUGAGCACGACAAGCGGUACGAAAUGGCUGGGGAGCUGUUCGACGUGGUCAACAGCCUGUGGGCGGAGACGGAGAACCUCACGUACGAAGGUAAAGUGUCUCCUUGGAAACUCGAGAAUGCGUGGAUCACCCCCAAACCCAUCUAUGGCCGUCCAGUCCUCGUCAACGCCACAGGCUCUGCGGCGGGCAUUGAUUUUGCGGCUCGUUACUCCGACCUGGUCUUCAUCACAUCGCCAGGUGGAGUCAAUAUCAAAGAUGCCCUUGAAUCUCUGCCGGACCAUAUUGCCAGCAUCAAAGACGCCGCAAAGGCUUUGGGUCGCAAGGUCAAGGUUCUGAUCAACCCGGUCGUCGUCUCCCGCGACACUCCAGAAGAGACCGAGGAGUACCUGAACGCCAUCGUCGGCGGCAUGAAGAACAACACGUCGGAUGAGAAAUCAGCCGCUGGAUUUUUAAAAUAUGACAGCGACGCCCACGCGUGGCGCGCUAGGAAAGGUGAUCCCAGUAAGCAAGGAUUCAAACUCGGGGGCAAUGUCGAGGUCAUUGGCUCUCCUGAACAGGUCGUUGACCAGCUGGCCGCUCUGCACAAGGUCGGCAUUGAUGGCGUGCAGCUGGGUUUCUAUGACUGGAAGGUCGACUUUGAUCACUUUGCGAAGAAGAUCCUACCACUGCUCAAGGAGGCCGGCCUCCGUGUGGAUUGAGCGGUCGAGCAUCAAUGUUAUGGGGAGGACGACCUCCCUGAACGAUGCUCCGCACCGCAUGCACGGCAUGACCGAAGUUGGUUUUGGCCUUGGAUUAAAAGCUAAAUUGAUAGAUAUAUUGCAAGGGUCACACAGCCUUGCGAACAUAGAGAAUCAUGUUGGUGUUACAGUAAUCAAAGCAACUGCUGCCUUUCCUUCUUCAAAA